GUGGCGAACGCGCGUGUACGAGCAGUGCGCGUUCGACUCGCGUUCGCGUCGCAUCGUGCGUGACCGCCUCCACCGGGUCAGGUACAACAGCCGCCGCCGCCACCGCCGCCGCUGCCAGUCAUUACUCAUUGAAUAAUACUCCCCGGUGCUCUCUCGGUCGUCGCCGGUGCGAAUAGUGCGACUAUUGAUCCUAUACACCACCCGCACCCGCACAUACGCCACUUGUUGGAUAUUUGUCUCGAUAUGUUUCGCAAUUGUUGCGCGCGGUGAGAACAACUACUUUACCAGGUAAUUGCCGGCAACAAAAGCGAACAAAUGCUUUGCUUCCGAGUGUCUAGUGCGCGCUGCUGUGGAAAUAAACAGCGAGCCGGAUCGUAGGCGUUCGACCGCGAGAUUAUUUGUUAUUUCAACUUUUCGGCGCGUAUAAAUAGAAUAAUAAAUUGAUCGGAAUGUCAAAAGUUUUUGAGGCGUUAUAUUGGUGGCGAGCGUGAAUUUUUCUCAGCAGAAAAGUAACAGGUGUUUGGAGAAGAUCUACGUUUAAAGAAAUAAAUAAUCGUCCGGAAGUAUCUGGUUUCUUUUAAGUGGAAAAAGAAGCCCGUGAAAGAUGAGCGCCAACCCGAGCACCACGCCGAAGAACACGAAAAAUGACGACACGAUAUUGGAGAUUCUGCAAGGACACAGGACAAGCAAGUGGCCCGCGCCGAAAUUGGUGAAGAUUUUUAUCGCUAGUGAUAAACAAGACUUUGCAGAGGAGAGAAAACUAUUGCUGGAAUUUGUAGGGCCGGAGCUGCAAAUUGUUUGCAAUGAAUACCAAAUUGAGGUGGAACUUGUCGAUAUGCAUUAUGGAACUAGUGAAGCUGUUGUAUAUGAUCCAGCACUGCAAGAAGAUCAUCUAGAUCAAAUACGGGCAUGUCAUCAAGUCUCCAGAGGAUGUUUUUUUCUACCUCUACUUGGAAAUAAAUACUCACCAUGCGCGUUACCAUAUCGUAUCAGCUCGGAAAUCAUGUCCGCCAUGUUGAAAAUCAACGCAGACAUCUUAAGUAAAUGGUAUAUACAAAAUGGCGAUGAAUAUAUCUUAAAAAGUGAUUACAAAAAAUUAAAAUAUGACGAAUGGAAACCGAUUGCUGACAAUCUGCAUCAGGCGAUAACCGAAGCAAUAAACCAACAGGACGAGCCAACAAAGCGGAAGUGCGCGUCGCUGUUGCAAUCGAUAGUCGAGCGACAAUUCCACCACGCUAUCGGAUUGGCACCUGGCACCGCGCAUCGUGUACUCAGCGUCCUGCGGGACUUCGAUCCGCUACCAACAACAACACCGGAUGCGACGUCAACGUCUAACGAGUAUAGAUUCCAAAAUAUCGUUGAGGCUCUAAUACCGGAAGAGAACCGAUGUUAUUUCAAAGUGCCUUGGAGAAGCGGAGGAUUGGAUCCAGAGCACAACGAUCACGAAGCAUACCUCAACAAAUUCAAAAACACAAUCCUCAAUAAACUGCAGACGAUGAUCAAGAAGUCUCUCGAUGAUGAACCCGACCUCAAAUCGCGCAAAAAGAUCGUCGAGGAGAACUUUCAGGAAAACAUCACUCACCUAACGAUUAAUCACUUUGAAAAACCUGUUAUUGACUUUUCUCAGUCUGACCUCCUUGAUCGCAUCGAGAAGGUUGUUCUUAAUACGACGCAUACCCGUCACAAUCCUAUUAUUAUUUAUGGCAAUACCGGAUCGGGAAAAACGUCACUGAUCAAAACUGUCUACAAACAAUUUGAGUCGUGGUUCUCUUGUAAAUUAUUACGAAUUGUCCGCUCGAUUGCAAGGACUCCUCGGUCAUCCUACAAUUUGGAGUUGUUAAGGGUUAUAUGUCAACAGAUUUGUAUAGCUUUGAAACUUCCCGAUGGGUUUUUACCAAAGGACGCCUCGUUUGACCCGUUGUAUAUUAAUAAUUGGUUUCAAACUCUUCUGCGUAUGUUUGAAGAUAUGAAUCAGGUGUUAGUGAUAUUCCUGGAUGAUCUGCAUUUGUUGAAUCCAUUGGAUUCGGAUCUGGUGUCGGCAUUAAGCUGGUUACCAAUCAGUUUACCGAAAAAUUGUUAUUUAAUUUGUACCAGUGGAGUUGAACUUGAUGGGUUGAGACUUACGCCUGUACAAAAAGAAAGAAUGAAACAUCCUGAUUGCUAUAUGGAGUUACCAGGUGUUGGAGGGUUCCAUGAACAAUUGGAUGAAACAUUUUCUACUUUGGAGUUAACUUUUGGUACACCCGCUAUUAAAAGAUUAUCUUCGUUUAUUACCUGUGCGGAAUAUGGUUUGACAGAAACUGAAUUAUUAGAGAUGUUGAUGCCUACCAGUAAUGUCACAACUGAAUCAGUGAUAAACAUUGAAAAUGCAGAUUUUAAUUUUUCCACGUUAUGUUCAGUAAGAAGAAAAAUGAGUGACCUUUGUUGUGAGAAGCUAAUGAGUGGUAAACUGCUCAUUGAAUGGCGACAUCAGAAUAUUAAAGACUUUGCAAGGAAAAGAUAUCUAACCUCACAGGAAGUGCAAAAGAGUGUGCAUACAGAAAUAGCCAACAUGUUCUUCUCAGAAUUCUGUGAUGAGGAGAAUAGUGAAUCUGAAGAUGAACCAGCUCCUUUACCUUCAGACAUCAAAGAAACUCCUUUCCAAUCAACCCUACAUAGUGACGUCACUUACAGUCUCCGCCAUGUUGAAGAAUCAUGGAUACACCUCCUCAAAGCAGGAGAUGUCCUAAAACUGAAAACAUUGACCAUGUGCAAUUAUGAUUUUAUGUUGGCCGCUGUCCACACAAUAUCCGUAAGUUACCUGCGUUGCGUGCUAGAACACGUUCGGUGUUACCUGCUGGACAGAGAGAUUGAAUUGAUCUAUCAUGCCAUUCGCAAAGCAACUGAUAUUUUAACGAAAGACACCUAUCAACUAGGCACACAAAUCAUUGCCUGGUUGCGUCCGGUAGUAGAAAAAUCCGGUUCAGGGCUAAUGAACACCCUGGUCACCGCUGCAAUGGCCUGGUGUGACGGGUUUACCCUUCCUUUGGUAGUACCAUUAACUGACUGGGUACAACCCACACUACCAUCACAAAGUAAAAUUGUAAACACACCAGGUGUGCGUUUGAUAGAAUCAACCCCAAGUGGUCAACAUGUAAUCUGUUGUCCUGAUAAUGAACCUCAACUGUGGCACAUCAUGAGCAACACUCUGGUACACACCUUCAAAGGUCACACAGGCAUGGUCAUCUGUAUGGCUGUGACAAAACAAUCGCAAUACCUCCUCACAGGAUCAGAAGAUCUUAGUAUCAUUGUCUGGGACCUUAGAGGUCUUACUAUGACCCUGAAAAUAAUGGAGCAUAUAGCACCAGUGUUGUGUAUUACCAGCGCAUUGAACAACUCUGUGAUUGUCAGUGGAGGCGAGGAAAGUAGUAUUAUUGUUAGUUCAUUGGGAAAGGGUCAAGUGGUGAUGAAGAUUGACCAUCAUCGUGGACCUGUGACUGCUGUAAAAGUUACCUCAGCCGGAGAUGUUUUGGUCUCGGGGAGUCACGACGCAACUGUAUGUCUGUGGUCUUUGGAAACAUUCACGAUACUGAAUACAAUUCAAAUGCAAUCUCCAGUGAGGAUGAUUGAUGUCUCCAGCGAUUCAGUUUUUUUAUUGACUGCUUGUUUGGAUAAUAAUCUUUAUCUGCGUACUCUAGCAACUGGUACCGAGUUGCAUUCGCUCAGUGAACACAAAUCCCGAGUCAAGUCUAUUUGUUUGGCUCAAGAUAGUUGUCGAGCAGUAGUGGGAUGCACAGACGGACGGGUUUAUAUCUACGAUGUUCAUAGUGGAAAACUAGCAAAAACACUUUCAGGUCAGCAGGGUGAAGUAUCCGCGGUGCGGGUUACAGAUAAAGAUGAUUUCCUACUUACCGCAGGUGGAAAUAAAGUGCUCUUCUAUCCGUUUCGAUCCGAUGAUAACGUGCGGAGUCUGCUCAAACUGAAAAAGUCCGCACACCAUCUACUCCCACAUACUGGUUACAUCACCUGCGUCGAGAUUGCACGAGAUGGACUCUUGUCCGCCACCGGAGCGAGCGAUAAUCUCGUCAACGUGUGGCAGCUCAACACGCAUGAACUGCUUCUAACUCUCAACAGCCAUUCAGCCGCCAUCACGGAUGUCAGUUUCGCGCCGAAUACUUUAUUCGUUGCCUCCUCGUCCGAAGAUAAAACAGUUAAAGUUUGGGGCUUGACUUUGGGAUCCCUUGUGGCCACUUUCAAAGGUCACCAAGCACCGGUUUCCACCGUGAUGGUCAUGAUGGAUUCAACACGGAUUAUCUCAAGCGAUCGUAAUGAUACCCUCUGUAUAUGGUUAGCUGACAACGGGAACUUGAUACAAUCAGUGGCAGGACCAUCUAAUUGUGUUGGAGUGACCAAUAAUAUGAAAUACGCAUUGUGUACAAAUGCGGAGACAACUCUCAAGAUAUGGUCCUUGGUUCGUGAAGAUGAAAAAUACACUGUAUCUCAUUCUGAAGAGAUCACAUGUUUUGUAAUUACAAUGGAUUCUCUGCAUGUGAUCACAGGGUCCAGGGAUAUGUCUUUGAAGGUGUGGCAGACUUCCGGUGGGAAGUUGUCUCAGGUAUUCAUUGGUCACACUGAUGCAGUCACUUGUGUUGCUGUUUCCGCUGCGGAUAAAAACAUAGUCAUUAGUGGAUCAUGUGAUUGUAAUCUUAUUGUUUGGGAUAUCAAUACUGGAGCUGACCUGCAUACGCUAUCAGCCCACCUGAGUUAUAUUACCUGUGUGAAGUGCUCGGGAGAUGGCACCAUAGCCAUUUCCGGUUCGGAUGAUAAAAGUAUCAUUAUUUGGGAUACAAAGAGAGGGUUGCCACUGACGUCCCUACAAAUGCAUUCUUGUGUGAUGCGUGUGGAACCAUCUUCUGACCUGUCGCGGAUUUCGGUUAUGCUGAAAGAUACGCAAUAUAUGCCAAUUAUUUGUCUGCAUAAUACACCGGCAAAGUAUGUUAAAUUGCCUACAUACUGUGCACCUGAAAAGGAUAUAAUUGAAAAUCCUACUAAAGCUGCACCAAAACGUCAACUACGGCGUUUGCUCAAGAAAGAAGUGUCGCUGGACACGUACACGUGGCAGAAAAAAUAUGCGCACUUAACCUCAAAUCUAGUUAUACCAGCGGUUGAUGAGAGAUUCAAGCGCAGGUUUUCUGUUUCGGCGAGUAUGGAGGAAAUUUCCAAGAUACCACAAAAAGAUGGCCAAGGCGGGUUGCCUAACAAGCAAGGAUCUCUAGCCCAGAGUCAACAUUUUGAUCAACUGGAAGCUUUGUGGAAUAAACGAUCUCCUCCCAGACGUAAAUUACAACAAUCGCUGUCAAAACAAUCUUCACUUGCUGAAUCACACCAGGACUCAUCAGAUGAAGAUCAAUUUGAUGAAAGCGGACCAUGCUCGAUACCAAAACGAUAAGCAACUUGUUGUACAACUUGAUUUUCCUACUUUUAUAACGACACAAGUCCCAUGAAUCAUUGCGCAGUGCUCUUACUUCCACACUACACCUACACUCGUUGAUUAGCUAAUUCUAACCUAUUUUUACACCUCUCUUCCUCACAAUCAGACCUGUCCAAUAAUUUCUAUUGUUUUCUGUUUUCUCCUCCAAAAAUUGGGCAUGUCUGGUUUAUGUGUUAUAGAAAUAAUGCAAACAUAGAGAGACAAUCGUUUAACAAAGCAUAGAAUAUAUAUGAAUAGAUCACAAUCAGCAAAACAAUAUUAUCUAAAAGUGUAGUCGUAUUAAAAUAGUUACGAAUCAAUUAGAAAAUAGCGCGUGCGCUUGCAAUAUUUAAUUAUUAAUUGUCGUCACACAAUAUACAUCUGAAUGUUGCACGUUGAGUUGAUGUAUAUGCAAAACAAAUUGACAGACGAUGAUUCGGUUCGCCGCCGAGACAAUAUCGAACAAAUAGCGUUAGCUGAAAUAACUAGACACAAACUGUAGCUCUAAUAGAAUAUAAGCGUAAGAAAAAUGUCGCACAAUGACAAUGAAUCUAAUCGAUUUAUGAUUAUUUCCAAGCAUAUACACGUACAUGUUAUAUGUAUGUUAUCUCUCUCUUUCUGUGAUGUAAACUAAAAAUUUAUUCGAAUUAUUCGAGUCUUAACUAAAUGCAAACAUUAAUAUGAAAUUAAAAACACAAAUCGGAAGACAACCUCAUACCUCUAGAUGAGUAAUAUAUCCAGAGUAUAAAACAAACAUUGUAAUUGUUAGAAAAUAAAUAAACUGUUGUUUUUAUAAUAAAAUGGCGGCACAUGAGUCCAACUUUAAAAUA